AACAUAAAUUGACACCAUGUUAAACUGCCAAGUUAACGCCAUUUAUCACUGAGAAUUCGGGAUGUGAAAUGAACUCUAGUCGGUGGUCACCAAAUUGGGGGGAAGAAAGUCAUUCUUGAAGCACAUCAGCCAAGUUCUCGCUUGAGAAGGCACUGUUACUCUCGCUCAAAUUAGGAUGAAAAACUGGAUUUUGGAGCACAUCAAUUUUCAACAAGAACUCACUAUAAAACACUUAUUAGGAUAUUGUACAAUGUACUUCCAGGGAGUGAUGUAGUAAAUAGUUAUAAAAAGCAUCCUGUAUGAUAGACUACCACGUAUCCUCUCCCUCCUAUUUGUAUGCCCAUGCCCACAAGCAUCCUAUAUUUAUGCAUCCCAAGAAUAAUUUUCAUAUAAUUAACCUUCCUUACAAUUCAAUUCCACUAGUCCAUUUCGUUUUUCGAUUGUUAAGUGUUAAUAAAGCAAAAUCAAAUUGCAAAAUGGAGAUGGAGAGGCAGGGGAGUGUUCAGAAGCUGAAAUGCACUGUGAAGCAUUGUGCCUCGGAGCAAAUGAACCUCAUGCCUAUGUAUCCGGGGACUGCAUUGAGUGCAUGGCGACCUCGGACAACGUAGUCAGGGCUGGCCUUACUCCUAAGCAUCGAGAUGUUAAGACCCUUUGUUCUAUGCUCACAUAUAAGCAGGGUUUCCCUGAAAUCAUGCGAGGAGUUGCCAUGAAUCCUUAUGUGACUAGGUACAUCCCGCCUUUCGAUGAAUUUGAGGUGGAUCGGUGUCAUCUUCCGGGUGGGGAAUCGACCGAGUUUCCUGCAGUAGCUGGUCCUUCAAUUUUUGUGGUCACUCUUGGAAAGGGAACAAUAUGCACUUGUAAUGGAGAUAAUGAAAUUAUCCAAGGAGAUGUUCUGUUUGCAUGUGCAGAUACUCGGAUUAGCGUAACGAGUGCAUCUCAGUUGCAUGUAUAUAGAGCCGGAGUGAACAGCAUGGUCUUUGGGGCGUCCUGAAUUCAGCAGCACACCUCUUGGCAUUUGGAGUUGGACAAGCAAACUCUUCUUAUUCUAAUAGAUUUUAACUACCAAUACCUGCCGUCACUUGUGUUCUUGGCCCGGACAAAACCAUAUCUUUUCAUACUCGGCACAAAUAUGACUGUACCAGUCCGUAAAUCAACAAUGGCAAAUAUUCCAUACUUGAUUCUGAAAAUCAAAAACUCUCAAUUCUUCUUUGAAUUCUA